UUAAUCCAAUUUCGCCAAAACGCAACAAUUAAGCUUGCAAUGGAUCAGCAAUUAUGUAUUUUUAGAAUGCGAUUCGCCAGUGUGAAGUGCUGACGGAAUGAACGAUUAAAAAAAACGCUGAGUACGCGUAAAAGCUUAAAAAGCUUAUUUUGGCUGGCGAGUGCAUGUCGCAAUUUGUUUAUAAACAAUUGUUUUAGUUUGCUGACAGUCGUCGUCUUCAAAAGAGCGCCAUGUGGUCGCGCAGUAGCAGUUCAAAAAGACAAGUGUCCACCACUGAUGGUGACCCCGAGAAGGUUUUGGCGCAGGUGCAGGAUCUCAGUGACUGGCUGCUGGCCAAUCCCCAAAUCAACGGGUGCAAUACUUUCGAGAAUUUGCACUUCUUCCUCAGAACAUCAAAGUUCGAUGUUGAACGGACCCAGAAGAAGAUAAAAACAUUUUACCAAAUGCGAGCGGAGCGCACCGAAUGGUUCGAUAAUCGCGAUCCACAGUUGCCCGAAAUCCAGGAGUUACUUAAUCUUGGAGUAUUCCUUCCCAUUGGUCCAGAUGCGGAACAAAGGAUGGUGGUGGUCAUCCGGACAGCGGCACACGAUCCUAAGCUCCAUACCCAGAACAAUGUCUUCAAGACCAGCAAAAUGAUAUUGGACCUGCUGCUAAAGCUCGAGCCCGAGACUUGUGCCCGGGGAAUGGUGGCUAUUUUAGAUAUGCAGGGCGUUCAACUGGGCCAUGCCCUUCAAAUGAAUCCAAAACUCAUAAAGCGAUCGGUGGAGAGCUGGACAGCUUAUCCAUGUCAGCCCAAGCUACUGGAGUUCACCAACGCCCCGCGACAUGUUAACUUUUUUCUAAAUACCUUUAGAAUAUUCAUGACGCCCAAAAUAAGAUCCCGACUUUUCGUGCGAAAGGAGGGAACCUCUGUGACCUGUGAUCAAUUGCCCAAGGAGCUGGGUGGACAAGGAUUAAGCUAUAAGGAACUGUCUCUGAAGUGGAAACAGAUGGUUGAGGAGAAUGCCGAUUUCUAUUUGGAACAAGACAAAUACAAAAGCAAGCUCAAGUGAUUGGGGUUAGUGUGGCGACAGUGAUAACAAGACGAUUAGCCGAAUGCUAUAGAUUAGUCGAAAACAUUUACAAUGCGCAAAUGCACACAGGCGCAUAUCAGUUGUCAUAUUUUAUGGAAGGGUACUAUAAGUACUCCCUAAUUCCCCACUAAACCAUAAUUCUAUAUUUUAAGACAUUGCGUUAUACCUUUUCAAAAGGCAUAUUUUCAUCAUGUUAUUCUUCUAUACCAUUUCUGUUUUUUUUUGUUUCCAAAUAAAGUGUCAAUGCACGAUAAACCUAAAA